GAGAAACCGGAGAACCAGGAGGUGUGGGAAGGACGGGAAGCACCGGCUCAGUAACCCCGGUGUACUCCCCCGGUUGCAGACGUGAAUAGCUACUGACAGCAACCAAAAACGUAGAGUUAACAUUGGCGAACUGCAUCUUUGAGAUUAAAAAACCCAAAGACGGCGAGUGUGGAGUAAUGAGAGUGGAGGAGUGAAGGACGUAGGUGUCCCGGGAGAACAUUGGCAGACAAACAGGAAGUCGGGCAUGCUGGAGGCAGAUACAGAGCCGGCAGGUGCAGCACUGGAGGUAGACGGGGGAGCAACGAUGGAGGGCAGAGACUUGAAGACCGAGGUGAUUCGACUCACUCUCGAGCUCCAGGAGGCCACAGAGGAGAAGCUACAGGCAGCCCGCUAUGGCCUGGUGGUGCUGGAGGAAAGCUCUGCUCUCAAGGUGAAACACCGGCAGCUGGAAGAGGAGCAUGAAACACUCAAAGUGGAGCUACAGCAGCUCAGAGAGGCAUUUGCAGAUUCUGUGAGCAGUCAGAAGCGUGCAGCUGCUGAUGGAGAGUGCCGGGAGGAGAAUCUGCUGCAGGAGACUGCCACUAAGGAGGCUGCUAUGGCAACCCGCAUGGAUGAAGUCCAGAAUGAGCUAAAGCAAUCACGCCUGGCUCUUGGAAAUGCCCACGCAGAAAUUGAUAGACUUGGGGUGGUCUCCACCCAGUUAAAGAAGGAGUGUGAGUGUCUGGAGGCAGAGAAGGGCCAUCUGAGGGAUGAAAUGAAGGAAUAUAAAGUACGAGAGCUGCGCCAGUUGCAGGAUAAUGGCGAGCUAGAAGAAGAGAACAUAUCUCUGCAAAAACAAGUGUCUGUGCUCAAGGAAAACCAGGUUGAGUUUGAAUCUAUAAAACUGGAGCUGACCCACAAGAACGAGGAGCAGGAUGAGCUGCGUGGUCAGAUGGAUGAGGCAGAGAGGCUGAGGGAGAUUGCGGAGAGGCAGCUGGAUGAGGCCCUGGAAGCCCUGAAGGAGGAGAGGGAGCAGAAAAACAGUCUGCGGCGAGAGCUCUCUGCCCUGACCCUCAACCCCUUUGAUUCUGUGGGGAACCUGGAGCUCCACUUGGAUCAGCUAGAUGAUAGCCAGGAGGAGGGCCAGGGGGGAGGGGGAGAAGGUGAAGCCGAGGGAGAGGACCAGGACAGCGGCUAUAAUAAUGGUCCUGGGUCUGCUCCCGAUUUUGCUCACCCUCCUCACUUGAAGGGCUCCAAAAGUAACGGCCUCAUCCAGCGCUACUCCACUCCACGCAACAGCGACGUGUUCCUUCGUGCUCCUGCCUCUGGGUUGGUGUCAGACCUGCUGAGUGAGCUCCACUUUUCAGACAGUCAGAAACUAAAACAGCAACUCCUACAGGCGGAACGAGAGAAGUCAAGUCUCACUGACAAAGUGGAGGAAUUGCAGAUGCAGCUGGUAAUGUCCAAGCAAGCACUCAGUCAGCAAGAGGACAAGGUUGGAUCCCUCACCCAACAACUGGAGGCCGUGCAGAGCCGCCAGCACAACCAGGAAGCAGACGACAGGGGGGAUGAUGAGACAGAGAACGGAGAGGGUGGCGAUGCCGCAUUUGACUACGAGGUCGACACCAAGGGCAAGGAGGUGCUUGAGGCGCGAAUGCGUACAGCUAGCGAAGAGCUUCUGAAGCUGCGAGAUGAACUGUCUCAGGCAGGUACUCGUUACAACACCCUGGAGCAACGAUACAAGCAUGAGAAGGAUCGUUGGAGGACUGAGGCCCAGGAGCUGGCUGACAAGAUCCGUCAAUGCAUCAAGUCCAGCAAGCAGGACCAGGAGCGCAUCGGCGAGCUGGAGAAGGAGAUCGGAGCCACGCGGAAAGUGGCGAUUGAUUCUGAAGGGCACUUGAGCGUGGCCCAGGAAGAGCUGCUGGCCUUCUCCGAGGAGCUGUCCAACCUCUACCACCACAUCUGCGUGUGCAACAACCUGACACCCAAACGGGUCACCCUGGACUAUUACCGUGAUAGCGCCAGGGCAAGCGGCGCAGGUGGAAGUGUGAGACGGUUACACCAAGUCUACUCCCAGCAGAAGCCACGAGCCAACGACAUGUUCAUCUCCAAAGCUGCAGCGUUGCAGUUUAUGGGAGAGGUGGACAGCGCAGGAACCAGUGGAGAAUCUCCUAGCUGCCCUGGAUCCCCCACCUUGGAUUUUAGGGACCCUUCCAAUGUUCGCAACUUGGUAGCAGUCAUCCGUUGCCAGAUCAAACACCUGCGGGUGGCAGUGGACCUCUGUCGUCAAAGGGGUGCGAUGCCGUACUCAGGCUUGAGCUGCAGCGGAGAGGCAGAGCGGGAUGCUGAAAGCCUGAUGGAUGAAGUACUAAAACUCAAGUCACUUCUCAGUACCAAGAGGGAACAGAUUGCUACCCUCAGGACUGUCCUCAAGGCUAACAAACAGACUGCGGAAUUGGCUCUGUCCAAUUUGAAAACCAAGUAUGAGACUGAGAAGAGCAUGGUGUCAGAAACUAUGAUGAAACUACGCAAUGAGCUCAAAGCUCUGAAGGAAGACGCUGCCACCUUCUCCUCACUCCGAGUCAUGUUUGCCAGCCGGUGUGACCAGUAUGUCACCCAGCUGGAUGAGAUGCAGAGGCAGCUGGCAGCAGCCGAGGAUGAGAAGAAGACACUGAAUUCUCUGCUGCGUAUGGCCAUCCAGCAGAAGUUGGCUCUUACUCAGCGUCUUGAGGACCUGGAGGCUCCUCUGACAACCCACAGCUUGAGCAACAGCCCCCGCCGCUCCAGGGCUAAGGAGUUGGCCACCAAGUCAGGCCGAGCUCCACGUAGCCCCCGAAGCAGUCCUGCGCGCCCCCCGAUGAGGAGCAGUCCACGAGCUAGCCCGGUUCUCGGCAGUAGCGUUCCCGCCAUGGCCACUCACCACCUGCGAGCUCUAACCCGAAGCCUCCACACAAGCCCUCGCUGAACCACUCCUUCCAUUACUCCAAACCCCCUCUUCUCCAUAAGGACCUGUCUUCAUGUUGACUCCCCGGCUCCCUCCUCCUCUCGUGACUCAAGACAUCCUGUUCAUCCCAGAUGUGACGCUACAUUCCCCACUCUACCCACCAGAACCAUGGAUUUAAAAAAGUAAAAAAAAACAAACAAAAAAAAAUCAUUUAUAUCUGUCAUCCCACCCUCUUGGUCUUCUCUGCUCCAAGUAGAGAAACCUGCAUGCAGCCUGGAGAAGGAUGUUAUUGACUGUGUCUUGUCCCAAGUGGUUUCAACUUCCAUCUGGUCUUGUUCAAGGCGGUGUGUGUUGUGGCGAGCCAUUGACAGUAUUUAUUCCCAAAAAACUCGAGACUUUUCAUGUACAGUAUUUUCUGUCCUCAAACUUUGAUUCAAGGCUAUAAUCUGUUCUAAGGCUGUACGUCUUUACACUCUUUGCCUUUAGUCUGGCAUCCUGGUCAGGCCUGUCCGGCGUCUUUUAGUGUCAGUAAUCUAUUAUUAGCUCAUCUGUAGGAACUUACCCCCCCCCCCUUGGUAGUGUUUUUAUAGAAUAAUGCAGCCUUACUAACAGAACUACUGUCCCAAAAGUAGAGAGCUUGCUAUCAUCUUGAAGUUCCUCCCUUGUACUCGUGGUACAGUUAGAGGCCCCCAUUUUUAUCUCUGUGAUGUGUCUAACCUGAUUGCUCUGGCAUAUCAGCCACACCCUUUAACAAGAGGUCAGUAAACAUGCCAUUUCAUCGAUGGAAAAAGAUCAGCCAUACGUUCACCACCUCAGGUCAAGCACCAAGUAAUUAGAUACAUGAUUUGGGAGAUCUUUAAUGUGCAUCUUAUUUUGCGAACUAUGCAGACCAAUUCAGGACAGUGCCUGUAUACUUCCUGUUGUUCAAUAGGAUUUAAGGUAAGGUUUUGAAACUUGCCUUCACUUUCAGUCAAUAACUGUGGCUGACUGCAGCUAAUUUACAACAGCCAUUUAGCAUCUCUCACAGUAACCAGCUUUCAGAAGUCAUCCAAGGGUCCAAGCAUCCCCACUGGCUGGUCAUGUACUCUCCUGUUUCUUGGGCUUUGGGUUUUUAAACGUACCGUCUCAUAUCACUCGAGAAUUUCAGUGGCUCAGUUUACCUAAAAGUAAUAUUAAACCGUUGGACCAUUCCCAGUUCUCUUAAUUACAUAGUGAUGAUAACAGUUCCCAUUCCACUCCUGCGUUGUGUUUCAUGAUUAAUAUCACCAUGCUUUUGUGUGCUUCCAAAGUAAGCAUGUCGUAACGGACAAGUAUUACCCACAGCAAGCUCCGUUCUUCUCCUGUGGCUGCAGCGUCCAUUGUUUUCAGUUAGGAAUACUAAUAGUGCUUAAAGGCUGCCGUUAGGGUCGCUGCUUAUAGAAAAAUUCAAUAAUGAUAAUAAUACUAAUAAUAAUGUCCCAUGAAUUCUUAAAGCAUUACACAGUGCUUUACAUCCAGGAACACAUAAUGACUUCAAAUAAAGAAUAAAUACAUUUAAGAAAAUACAAUAUAUCAAAGUGAGAAGUGACUCAAACAUGACAUUGCUUUGUUAAUCGGCCUGGAUUGUAAAGAAAAGUACAAAAGAAAGAAAAAUACAUUAUUCACCAUUUAGAUAUACACGUAUCUGUCGAUUGGCCCCAGCAUGGGCCGCUUAUAGAGUAGUUUGAUGCUGAGGCUGUGAUUUGAGAACCGUAGCACAUACGGUAUGUUAACAUUGUCACUGUAGCACUACCUGUCUCAUUAAGAGCAGUUUGAAUUCAAGUUGAAUUUAUCUGAUGAGACCAAUUAUCUUUAAAGACCACAUAAUAAAAUGGCUGUUAAAAAAAAAAGAGAACAGAAUGCGAGGAAAUGUUGAAAUGUCCAUUUUUUUAAGCUCAACUGUCCUGUGGUUUACACAUUCUGCUGAUUGAUCCCCUGCCCUCCUUUUUUUCUUUUUUUUCAUUUUUAGUGCCUUGCUUGUCUGUUUUUAGACUACAUCACAUUUUCUAAAUAGAGGCAACUAUUCAACACUCUAGUUGUGAUUUUUUGUUUUUGAAGGUAUGUUUCACUUGCUUUUGAGGAAACUCACUGAGCAGUGUCAGCACUGAAUAAAGUGAUAUCACAUUUGUGGCAGAAUAUUUUCACUUCUUAGCUCGCUUUCUUUGUAUGAACUCAGUAUUAACUAAUUAAUUAACAGGCAAUAUUUGACAUUAGCGUCAUUGAAGUUGAUAGCCACAAUUUUAAGUUAUUUCAAAGACAUGGUUUGAAAUAAAAAAAGAGACAAAGUUUAGUGGAGAAAUCAUGAAUGCAGAAACGAAAGGACAGUGUGUU